UUCCAACUCCUACACAGUGAUUUCGCUCUCAUUGAUGAUCACUGAUGCGUAGGAGUUUGUACACAUACAUAAACAUUUUUUUUUAAUUAUUAAUACAGGCAAUGAACUGGAUUAAACACGUAAUUAGAUAUAAUGUUUAUAAUAAGUUAUUCAUUUCACUUCAGACGAUUUUCAAAAAAUUGAAAGCGAAACCGAAAGCAGAUUUUGGAAAAACCCGGUAUGAAUAAUAAAUAUCUCCGUGUGCAAUACCAUUGACGAUCGGAAUAUGGCGGUUAACAGUCUUCUGUCUGUCUUCAACAAAGACGAAGAUUUCUCCCACGGUCUUGUUUUUAAGCAUUUUCCAGUAGAAUGGCGCGAGACAGACGUGCAAAAUUAUUUGGAAAUUAUAACCAGAGCAGACGUCAACGCCAUGUGUAUUCCAGCUGCGCGUUGUGACGUAGCAGUUGCUAUUUUCGACGACAUUGUAUAUGACACAAGGAUACAGAAAUGGCAAGAGAAGGCAUUCAGUAGGCCUGUAGGUGGCUGUUAUCCUACCUUGGAGUUACUGGGAAGUCCCACAGGCGUCUUUAUACCACAGGUACCUGCAGGUGUAAGCGAUGAACUUCUUCAGCUGUAUUUUGAAAGUGGGAAAUCAGGAGGCAUUGAGGGCACAGUGGUCGAGCCGGUGGAACUAGGCACUAUUGAGGAAAAGAAGUAUGCAGUUAUUACGAUAGAAAAUGGGCAAGCUUUGGAAUCUAUCUUAUCAAAACAAAAUCACGGACUUAAGGAUAUUGAUCUAGAAGUUGGACCGUUCUAUCCAUCCGUCCAUCGGCAUAUACUAGAAACUCUAAAAUCACGAGGAACCGAGUGUGAAGUCACAUCGAUUGCACAAGCUGAAAUUCAACCCGUGGAACAAGAAGUUAACCAGUUUCUUAAACCAACAGAUUUCGACAUGAGUUCUGGUCGUCAGCCCGAAUUAGAAACACGUAGUGACAGUUCCGACGAGAAUGAAAAUUUUAAUCCUGGUGUAUCAUUUAACAGUGAAAGAAGCUGUGACGUAUCUCCACUACCAUUUGCAGGUAGACAGAUCCAAUUAUUUGGUGGCAAAGGGGAACGCUUCAAUCCAAACGUAGCUACCGUUAAGCCGGUGUUCAGACAGCAGGUGGAUACACACGAGGUUCAAAAAGUGUUAGCUGUGGGACAGUAUUCUUCAAAACCGCAGGAAGAGCGCCAUGAAUUUGAACAAGAUAUAGAUUUGCCUGAUUAUAAAAUAGAAUUACUUGUUUUAUGUAGAUUUCAAGAGAAGCAUGAGAGCGAACGUUUGAAAAUAUCUAUCAAACAAAAAGAAGGAAAAGUGGCAUUUAAAGCGACGUCUUUUGAAGAGUUCAAAGCUGUGAGAGUAGAUAUGUAUGACUGCUUGGAUAGCGUCGUUGCUGACGGAAAAAAACUAAGUGACGCCAGAUAUGCACUAUUGUCUCGUAAACAAUGCCUCUCUUGGAUACGGUCUAAAUGUGAGACGACAAAUAUAAGAGUUGUGUUUGUUACUGACGAUAACAGAAAAGAGAUAAUAUGCCAUUCUUUUUCCGAAAAAGAAACAAGCAGAGGCAUUCAGCUUCUGGAAGGUGUCACUGCGACAACAGUAAGGGUUAGACCAGAACAACAGAUUUGCUUGCGUAAUCAUGCAUGGUCAACGUUAAAGAAAUCAUUAGACAACGAUAUGACGUCUGUUUACGUGACAGAAAAUGGAACAUGUAUAUGUAUAGAGAGCUUGAUCGAUAACAAAGCAAGAGAGGCAAAACAAAAGGUCAUUCAGUACCUAAGUAAAGAUAGUGUGAAUAAGAAGUUAGCCACGGUAACUCUUGAAGCGGCAAAAGCUAGAUGUUUUAAGGCAUGCAUUGAAGAUAAACUUCGACAAGAAAUACAAAAGAAAAAUGGUGUAUUGUAUGUCGAGCAACAAAGCAAAAGUCCACUGAAGCUACAGCUGUCAUGUGAAGGUCCGGAGUGUGUUACCGACGAAUUGACUAAAGCUGUACAGCGAAUAUGGCACGAAAGUGUAGAUUUUACCAAGCUGUCGACAUCAGUUGAAGAUAAAUGUCUCAUAAUGAAAGCGCUGAAGGGGGAGAUAGAAAAGGACUUUGUCGGCAAAUUCGAACAGAAACAUAACUGUUUCUUAGAAAUGUCUACAAAAGAAGAAGUUACAAUACAGAGAGCACAUGUGAGAGUAAAAGAUGUAUUUGAUUCAUCCGACGAAGAACCUGUUGAAGAAUCAGCAACUGGUAUGGAUGUGCUAAAUGACGAUGGAAUUGGUGACUCAAGGGAUGAAUCCCAUAGACCUCAAUCAUCUAGAGGUGAAAAGUCGGGUAAAAGAAGGUACAGAGGAGGAAGAAUUCAUGAACUACAGUCAGGAUUGAGUGAGGAAGAAGCCAUGAAGAAAGUAAUGCUGCUAUCCAUGCAGGAUUCACUAACUGAAGAAUGUAGUAGUAGACAAUGUGAAGUUGUACAACCAGACAGUGACUCUGACAGUGAAAGUGAAUCUCUCAGAGAUCUGGCAGAAUGUGAAAAUGAUCAACAAGAAAUAGUAGAAGAAGACACUUUCACAGAUUCUGCUAAGGCUUACGCAGCUGAAGAUAUGCCAAAGAAAGAAUAUAGAGACUACAAACCGCAUAGAGCGCAGCGUGGCGACAGGAGUCAUUACUCUAGAAGCAUGAAUAUCUCAGGAACCACUGUGACGCUUGUGAAAGGCCCCAUUGCAAAGCAGAAGGCUGAUGCGUUGGUUAAUGUGAUAUCAACGUCACAGAGUCCUUUUGAAGGUGUGGUUGCAAAAUCAUUCUUGGACAUGGGCGGUCAAGAAUUGAUGCAGAUGUACGACGAAGCAGACGAUGACUCGCCAGGUCAUGUUGUGGUCACAAAGUCCUCCGGUCAGCUUAAAUGUUCUAUAGUGCUGCACGUCAAGCUUAAGAAAUCUGACCACUGGGAAAAGAUAGUGAGAAGUGCCGUGGCGGACGUUCUUGGUAGAUGCAAGAAACAUGGUGCUCGAAUCGUUGCUUUCCCACCACUGGGAGUUGGCAGGAUGUUCAGGUAUCCACCCGACCAAGUUGCCAGGACAAUGCUGUCAGAACUAAGUCGUCAACUUUCAUCUGGAAGGAAUAAUCUGGAGAAAAUUUCGUUGGUUAUAUAUGGUGGUGAGCCGUAUGAAAUAUUUGACAAAGAGUUUCAAGCUUUUAAUCAGGAAUCUGGUAAUACUAGACAGAACCCGCACCACCAAAAGUCAGUUAGUAGUCUGCCGCCAUCUGGUGCCAGCCAUCAGCCUCCGUCUGGUUCCAACAAAUAUGAACGACAAAAUACAGGUGGUCAACAGUAUUCCGGAAGAAGGCCUCCCAGGGGCAGAUCGACUUAUGUUGCAUCUCAUCAUCGUGGAGCUCGCUCUUCCUCUAGCUCUUCUGGUAAUUCACGUGGCUCUUCGGACCGAAAUACGGGUGGCAGAAAUAAACAAGAUGACGAUCGUUCAAGUGGGAAGAUAAAAAGCAGCCAAAGUCUUUUCCAAGAGAAAGUUCCUAAUUUCAGUGUGAAAAUUAUAGCUGAAAAUAAGGAAGAAUGUACAAAGGCAAUGACUGCGUUUUGCAAAAAGGUCAAGGACAAAUUUCUUUACGAGGAAAUUAUUGAGAAGAAGCAGAAAAUUUCAGCAUCCUCGAAACGGAAAAUAGUAAAUAUAAUUUCUGCGAGUGACAUCAAAUCUAUCAAAGAAAAAGAUAAAUAUAGACUAAGGGGACUGAAGGGAAAUGUCAGUAAAGCUCAUUCAGAGAUCUUGAAGGUUCUUUUGGACGAAAAAAGUACAGAGCCAAUACGGAAACGGAAAGCAAAGCCGAAUAGAGAAACGCGUGAGUUUGUUGAAGCAAUGGUCAGUGAUGAACCUGAAGCGCCAUGUUACUGGAAGAACUACAAAGAAGGGGAGACUUUGGUUCAGUCAUUUAAACGUUUCGUUAUUGGUAAGAAGUUUGAAAAGGUUGAAUUAAAUAAAGACAGCCAGCAAUUCAAAUCCAUUCUUAAGAUGGUCAAUGCUACAUUUGAUGCCCGCGUAGUAGGACAAGGUAAAGACGCAGUUGGCCUAGACGCAUUAGGGUACACAAAACUCAUUGUACUGAAGGUAGAAAGAAUAGAAAACUUCGGCUUGUUUGAAAAGUUUGCGAAGAAAAGACAAACAUUAUAUCGACGGUUGUACGCAUCACCAUCACAUGAAGUCAGAUUUCCAAAGAUAGAAAAACUACAGAAAUGCACUGGCGCUAUUGCUACUACCCAAUACGUUCAUCCACAUUUGAAUAAAGACAUACAUCCUGAAAUAAAUGAGUAUUUGCUUUUCCAUUCUACUAAGCCAGAACGUGUUAGUGUUAUUUGCAACGAUGGAUUUGAUCCAAGACUUGGAAGUGGAACUGCUAUGUUCGGGCCAGGUAUAUAUGGAGCGGAAAAGUCAACAAAGGCAGAUCAAUAUGCAGAUGAGAAAGAUAAAAGGUCUGCAGGACCUGACAAUCCGAAGAAAAUGUUUCUGAUACGGAUGGUGCUUGGCAACGCAUUCCUUUGCAGUGAACCGAACCCUUACAAGUACCGGAGGCCGCCUUGUACACGCUGUUUCAGAGACGAUUGUUCAAAACCCAACCAUGAGAAAGGAAAAUUUGGUCAUUUUUUCGAUUCGGUUGUUGGAGACAAUUCAAAAUUAUUUCGUGAAUUUGUAGUAUAUGACAACAGUCUAUGCUAUCCGGAAUAUUUGAUAACAUACGAAAGACGAGUGUAAACGAUUACAUGUAGUACAUCAAAAAGCCCCAUUACCAGGGAACAAAGAAACUAAUAAUUUUGAAAAAUUACCUAUAUUUUAACCAUAUGUCAGUAGAUUCUGACUAAUGAAAAUACGUAACAAUUGUUGAUAAGGCCGUGACUUUAAUAUUAUGAGAUUAUUACAGAAAAUUAAAAUACUGUGGCAUAUUGUACGAAAUACAAGUGUGUGUAUAUAUAUAUAUAUAUAUAUAUAUAUAUAUAUAUAUAUAUAUAUAAUAAGGGGGAAAUGACAGUUUCUAGCUAAAAUGCAUAGGAACAAAAUAGGCAACGCUUAGAUAUAAUGCUGCUAAAGUUAUCAUGAUAAGCACACAUGCACUAUACUGCAUAGAGAAUGCAAAAUGCUAGGCAAGUCCAGCUACAGACAAUACGAGGCUAAAUGAUUAACGAAUUUUCAGCAAAAUGAUGAUGAUAUUAUCUCUGAUGACUUAAAUCAUGCUAAUGAUCAUGUACCGAAAUGCACAAAUUGUGUUGAGCAAAUACAUUAUAGAAUAAAAGUCCAGUGAAUAUUAUACUACUUAUCUACUUACAUGAAAAACCGCAUGCAAGCUGGUACAUUCGUUUCGUUAAUGUAAUUAGAUAUUUUUCGCCUUAUGUAAUUUCAAAGGUGACAAUAAAAACUAUGAUAAGCUAUA